AGCCAGCUCACCAUUGCCCGUAGUGACAGCAUUUUCCUGCCAAAGGGAGGACAGGAAAGUAAUCCAUCCGAUGCAGUGUUGCCAGAUAGAGCAGGAGGUUGUGGUCCCGGAGCAAGGAUCUACCCGCACGGCAGCCGUUGACCAUGAAAAUACCUGCUGGGGUCAAGCAGUUGCGCCGAGAAGUUCCGGUUCCGCCAAAAACGAAGUGACAAAUGUCGGCCGAUUCUUAGACAUGUUCGCCGAUGUUUGCAAGUCUUUUGAGCGGUUUUAUGGUGGACAAUAGCUCGAAACAGUCUCCCGGUCGGUUCCAGGAUGGUCGACGAAUGUCGUCGUGUCUGAUCCGGGAUGUGGUCCUCUGUGCCUCAAUCCCCAUGUUGAUGCCAGCCAAUGGGGUACUUGAGGCAGUUCCGUUGAGGCUGCUCCCAAAACAUGGCCGUCUGUCUCCCGCCGCUCCCGCAGACCGACCCCUGUCAAUUGGGGUGAAUCGUCAAUCGAUCGCAUCAGGCCGCCUUGACAACACACAGACGUUCGCCAUGAAAUUUCAGGCUUCCAGCCUUGCCAUAACGACUGAUAACGCGAUGGAAUCGUGUUCCCCGAUGUCUCCCAGAAAUGCUCUUUGCCAUUGGGCAACAACUUUGCAAGAGGCUGCGGCUGUUUUUAAACGGCCAGGCUUAGUGUUACGUCAAACCAUAGGUCAAACACGAGGCGCCAGUCAGGAGCCGGUUUGCAACACCUGGGUCCCUAACAGCAGGUUUUCGACCUAGAGACAUAGAGAUCUCAUCGAAGCGGCCCAGAGUGGUACCGAUGUGUGCCGCGAAAAUGCCGGUCCCCACGGCAAACUGUUAACGUGCCGCAUCACGGGCGUGGCCGGCAAAACGCACAACAUCUAGCUGUAGGUGUGAGAUGCAGGGAAUUGGAAUCCCCCUGUCGAAGGGGACGGCCCGCUCCCGGGUUUAGAGAAUUGACUUCCUGGCU